CCUCAACAUCGCUGCAUUCGCCUUUCCACCCUUGCGCUUUGAUCACUCAUUGCCUCCUUGCUCGGCUAAAACGCCGCUAUUGCCAGUCACAGAGCUUCAGUGUGGACCGAGUGGGUCUUCGGCUUAUGGGGUAUGGGGUAUGUGAUCAGAGUCUGGGGAAGCUCAGUGGAUCUGGAGACGACCAGAGGCUUGUGAGGCUUUACAAGCUUUGCAUAACGAGGAUAAUGAUAAGCGGAGAAAACCCCGAGCCAGGGCUCAUGCCCUGUAUAAAGAGCUGAUCGUCGCUGCGACCCCGUUGCAGAUGACGAAGUUUGGUACAGGCCCAGUGCAUUGGACCGGCUACUGACAUCUCUUGAUUUGGAGGUCUUUUUUCUUGAUUCUUCCACGACAUCUCUUACUCUUCAUUCACGAUCACAUGCUCCGUGAGCCAGUGGUAGCUGCAUAGGGAGCACGCAAUCAUGGCACGCAAAUAUCUCGGAGGCUCUGGUGAGCGGCUGACAGUGUGGAUUUCCAUCGCCGCCAGUACAGUACUCGUCUUCUACGGUUACGAUCAAGGUGUCUUCGGCAAUGUUAUCAUCUCAGAGAACUUCCUUCACACCUUUGGCUACCCGUCUGCCAACAUGCAAGGUGUGAUGACCUCCAUCUACAACAUCGGCUGCUUCAUCGGAGCAAUGAGUACCAUAUGGACUGGCGACAUUCUCGGACGCCCAAGGCAGAUUCUCCUCGGUUCGACGAUCAUUGGCAUCGGCGCAAUCAUCCAAACAUGUAGUUGGACUGUAGCGAGCAUGAUGGUUGGGCGAAUCGUGGCGGGCCUUGGUACUGGCAUGAACACAGCAACGGCUGGAGUUUGGCAAGCCGAGACCAGUAAGAUGAAUAGUCGAGGAAAGCUCGUCAUCAUUCAGAUGGCAAACUGUAUCACCGGCUUCAGCAUCUCUAAUUGGCUCACUCUUGGCUUCUCCUUCGCACCGCGCGAUAUCGCAUGGCGUUUUCCGCUCGCAUUCCAACUCUUCUUCACCCUGUGCAUCUACGCCAUGUGCCCGUUCUUACCAGAUUCGCCUCGAUUGCUGAUCCGUAAAGGCAAGAUUGACGAAGCUUUGGAAGUUCUUGCUGCGCUCGAAGGUCAUGGAGCGACCCCAGAAUCACCCUCGGUUAUCACGCAGUACAACAUUAUCAAGGACAUUCUCGAUCGCGAGCAAAUGAACACAUACACAUGGACGCAGCUUCUUACCGGCAAAGGGCCAAGCGGUGUACUGCGCCGCAUGCUUCUGGGUGCAUGGAUGCAGGCCAUGAACCAGAUCUCCGGAAUCAACGUUACGAGUUACUACAUGUCUUAUAUCUUUAUCAACGCCUUGGGAAUAUCUGAGCUUCUAUCGCGCAUCCUCGCCGCUGCUGGGUCUGUCGACUAUCUAAUCUUCGCUUGCUUGGCAUACUUCGUCAUUGAGCGAUAUGGACGUCGCAAAGUCAUGAUGGUCUCGGCUGCAGCAUGCUCCAUUUGCUGGAUCGUCAUUGCAGCAUCGCAGGGUCAAACCGAGAAAGGUGGCGAUUCGUACAAGCUGGGCAUCGUCGCUGUUGCAUUCUUCUUCGUAUUCUUCGCCAGCUUUGGCAUGGGCGUGCUAGGCGUACCUUGGCUGUACCCGACCGAGAUCAACGCACUUGAGAUGAGAACCAAAGGCGCUUCCCUCGCGAUGGCGACCAACUGGAUCUGUAACUAUGGAGUUGUGCAAGCAACCCUCCCCGGUAUUCAAAAUCUAGGCUACAAGUUCUGGAUCAUCUGGGCAGUCAUUUGCUUCUCCUUCAUCCCGAUCACGUACUUCCUCUACCCCGAGACGGCGAACCGGACACUUGAAGAUAUCGACCGCUUUUUCGAAACCCAACCCGGGAUCCUGAUCCAUCGGAACAAGCUCGCUGUGCAGCUACAUCGCCCAGCCGAGUUCAUCGAAGCUGAUGCGAGGAUUGCUGCGCAUGAAGGGGAGAAGUUUGACAAGGGGCUCAGCACGGAGCAUGUUGAGGUGAAGGAGGCAGUGUAAUCAGAAGCAGAGAUGCCGUAUAGUGGCGUUGAGUGACGCCCACUCAGCAUAUGACAGUGUACCUGUAAACAUCCAAACAAUGUCAUGGUAAA